GGAGGGGAGAAGUAGUGUUAUUGGAGGAGUUAGGGCUGAGGGGCUGGACUCUCCUUCCAGAAAUACUCUUGUAGUUCCCAGCUCUGCUUUUUUUCUCUCUUCUCAGGGAGAUGGCGCAGCUCAUGCAGUGGUUGUGGAGACAGGAAUACUGGCUACCUCCGGGAAUCACCUGGGAGGACAUGCAGGAGACAGAGGACAUCCAUUAUCCACAACCUUAUCAUCUCCUGCUCUGCCUUCCCAUCAUGCUCCUUCUGGUUGCCCUCCGGUUCUUCUUCAAAAGGAUGAUUGCCAUGCUCUUGAGCAAAAAACUAGGUUUGCAAGAAAAGGUGAGGCGGAAACCUUCUCCAGACUCCAUCCUGGAAGCUUUUUAUAGGAAGUGGAGGAAAAGUCCCCCAAAGGAAAAAGUCAGUGGUUUAGCCAAGCACUGUGACCUCCAACCGAGACAGGUAGAGAGGUGGUUUCGAUAUCAGCUGAACCAGAACCGGCCCAGCUUGACCAAGGAAUUCUGUGAAACCAGCUUGGGAGCCACCUACUACUUUACUUCCUUCUGCACGGGGCUGGUCAUCCUUUAUGAUAAACCCUGGUUCUGGGAUCUCCGCAAAUAUUGGGUUGGGUACCCCAAGCAGCCUUUCCAGCUGAGUCUUUUUGGCUACUACAUCAUGCAGUUCUCCUUCAACUGCUUCUUGAUCAUCUCGCUGCCUUUUGAUGACAAACAGAAGGAUUUUUACCAGCAAAUUGUUCACCACUUGGUCACCAUCAUCCUUAUUGGCUUGUCAUACUGUCUCAAUUACAUCCGUAUCGGUUCGCUUAUCUUGCUCCUAACUGACUUUUCGCAUUGUCUCCUGCUGGCUACAAAGACGUUUCACUAUCUGAAAUGGCAGAAAACUGGUGACAGGCUCUUUGUCAUUUUCGCAGCAGUCUUCCUGUUCAUCCAUCUGGUGAUUUUUCCUUCCAAGAUUCUCCACAGCACAUAUUACGAAUGCAUGGAGUUCUACCAGCCUUUCUUCGGCUACUACUUCUUCAAUGCCCUCCUGAUGGUCCUGCAGCUCCUUUUCAUCUUUUGGUCCUACCUAAUCAUCCUCAUGAGUUAUAAGUUCCUGAUCCAUGGCAGGGUGAAAAAGGAUGUGCGGAGAGACUCGGAGAGCAGCACGGAUGAUGAUGAUGAUGAUGAGGUGGGCCAGAAGAUAGAGCAGAAAAACAGCACCAUUGAUCACCAGCCCAACUGCCAGGUGCCCUGCCUCACUAGGCGAGCAGUGGGAGUUUCCCCUUCAGUGGUCUCACUAAAGCCUGGAAGCCAGCUGAGCCUCUGAUCACUGC